AUGAAGAUUCUGGUUACUUCACUAUUCAUCGCUGUAGCGGGUGCGGUACCUGAAGGAUACAGUAGUGGCGGCGGAGGACUCUCUGGAAGUGGUACCGGUGGAUUUUCUGGAGGAGGAUUCUCUGGAAGUGGUACCGGUGGAUUUUCUGGAGGCGGUGGAUUUUCUGGCGGUGGAGGAUCUGGAUAUGGAGGAGGAGGAGGAUGCAAUGCGGGAGAAGUUCUUCAUGUUGACGGUUCUUGUGUCGUUCCCAUAAUUUCACGGAACGUAUUUGUCUAUGACGCUCCCGAACAGCAAGAAGAAAGUGGUCCAUCGCCAAAUGUUCCUCCACCAAGAAUCGACCACAAUAUCCUAUUUGUCCGCGUUCCUGAGAAGGGAGCAGCACCUGAGCCAAUCAUCGUUCGUCCACCAAGGCAACAGAGCGUGGUGUACGUCCUGAACAAGGACGAUGGAGGAGGGGGACAGCAAGUGAUCGAAGUGACAGUUCCUCCACCGUCCAACCCUGAGGUUUACUUCGUCAACUAUGCUGAAGGAGAUAACCCUCAACUGCCUAUUGGAGUUGAUCUCCAGACUGCUCUUCAAGCGGCUGCCAACGGCGGAGGACAAGUCAUCGGCGGAGGCGGAGCAGGCGGAUUUGGUGGCGGAUCUAGUAGUGGAUUUGGAGGUGGUUCCGGUGGCGGAUUUGGCGGUGGUUCCGGAGGUGGAUUCGGCAGCGGUUCAGGAGGCGGAUUUGGCGGUGGUUCCGGUGGUGGAUUUAGCGGUGGCUCCGGAGGUGGAUUCGGCAGCGGUUCAGGAGGCGGAUUUGGCAGUAGUUCCGCUGGUAACGGCCUUGGUGGUGGCUACAGUCCUCCAGCACCUUCAAAUGCCUAUUCUACGCCAUAG